GAGAGAAUGAACAUCAAGAGGACCAUUUGGAGGCUUUCUUCGAUGAUCACGGUAAUAUUUUUACUACGUGCUUCAUUAUCAAUUUUAUUACAUUAGUCCUCCCAAGAAUGUUGAUAUUGAAUCUCAACGAACUCACUUCUCGUUCUCGUCAGGUGACUGCGAGAGGACCCGACUUUUUCGUUGAAGAAGGGAUCGAAAUAAUCUACCAGAGGAGCGUGCUGUUAUCAAGGAGGGGCCGCCCAAGGGGCGACCCCGGUUUCUUGUACUUAUGAGGGCGAAGGGCCGUCAUGGGUAUUACGCAUGAAGCUGCAAGCAAAUGAAGCACGAAGACAACUACUAUGGUACUGGAUAUUGACGCAAACAGAAACUCAAAUCUUCGAACUUCUUGCAGUGAAUCGGACCACAUGAGUAGUACAAGUGGAAUAUUAGCACAAGAAUGAUGAAAAAAUAUGUUGGGAACUACAAAGUGGAAUCUUCUCUAUGAACGUUAUAAUUCCAAGGAAAGUCAAACUCUUGCGGUAGAUAAAAAGAACGAAGUACUUAUAUUACAUUUGGAUUGAUAUUAAGUAUGGGCGUAAUAUGAUAGUCGACGUGACUUGCUUAGAAAAUAGUUGUUAUUCAUCUGGCAGAUAGAAAUAUAAUAGCUGCGCCAACAAAUUGUAAAUAUGGAAAAUAUGAUAGAUAUCCAUCAUUGGAAGAGCCAGAAGAAGUGGCCUAAAUGAUAAAUAUUCAGAUGACCUCGAAAUAUGUAUAUGAGGAUUGGUAAUUGUAAUUUGUCUAGGGAAAUAAUUGUGAUUCGUGAACAGAACAGCGUCUUAUAUAUAUAAUUCUGCAAAAAUUGGUGUUGAUCUACAUCUAGAAGAUAAUAAAUCGACGAAAAGAGUACUAGAACAAGAAACGCAACAACUACACAGCGACAGCUACAGGAAACAAAAAUGGUACUAGAGCUAGUACGUCCACAUAACACGGCAAAAAGAGUCAACAUAUAUAACAGCAGACCAUCUACAGCUACAACUUGCGCAUUCAACAUGCAUGGAUGCAUGCACAAUCAAGAACCUG